AUGGGAGGCUACACAGAGGCCGGAUGGGAGCCGGGGCACAUCAGGUCAUAUUGUCCCAAGUUGCAGCCGGUAGUGGUGGCGGCGUUGCAGCAGGUGCAGCCGGGAGGGCAGCCGGUGGUACGGAUUGAGCAGGCGCUAUGGGUGUACACUACUGUUGAGACUGGUGGGACCAGUGCCGGAGCGAUCACAGAGAGUGCGGGUAUGUGGGAGAUCUCGGAGAGCGUACAAGAGUUGUCAGAGUUGCUGGAGAACACUUCGGGCUCGCAUAUUGUGAAUCAUCUGGUUCGAGCUAAACACAAGGAAGUUUGUCUCCAUAGAGACAGUCCACUAGGGGAAACAAUUCUUGAAUGCUACAACUGUGGGUGUCGAAAUGUCUUUCUCCUCGGUUUCAUCUCAGCAAAGACAGACAGUGUCGUCGUCCUUCUCUGUAGAGAUCCUUGUUUAAAUGUUAAUGCCCUCAAGGAUAUGAACUGGGACCUAAGUCAGUGGUGUCCCUUGAUUGACGAUAGGUGUUUCCUCCCCUGGCUUGUUAAGGGUCCAUCAGAGCAGGAACAGCUGCGGGCACGCCAAAUUAGCGCACAGCAAAUAAACAAGAUAGAGGAAUUAUGGAAGACAAAUCCAGAUUGUAGAUAA